AUGAAAGAAAAGUAACAUGUCGAACUAAGAAUGAAUCCUCAGAUUUAGAAAUAGUUUCAUUUCAUACAAUAGUAAACUAAUAACAGUUUAGAAAUAUUUAGUGGAUAAACAUUCAAUUUAUAACCAUUUUAUGGAACUCCUUCAUAAAGCAAAAUAACGCUUUAAGAUUUUAUUUUUGUAAAAUGUAUUGGAGUUGGAGGCUUUUCAAGAGUUUAUAUGGUGAAAAAGAAAUCCAUGGAAGAAUUUAUUAUAAACAUAAGAAAUGAGGUAAAAGUAGUUAAAAAUUUGUUAGGUAUUGCGUAAAAUGAAAGAGAUAUCAUGACUGUUCUUGAUCAUCCUUUUAUGAUUAAAUUAGAAUACGCAUUUGAAGAUUAAACAAGAUUUUAUUUUACAGAGAUUUGUUUAGCUAUGCUUUAUCUGCAUUCAUUAUCUGUGGUUUAUAGAGAUAUCAAACCAGAGAAUAUUUUGAUAGAUUUAGAUGGCCAUAUCAGAUUGUCAAAACUUAAUAUGACAGAAGAUGAUUAUGCAUACAGCUUUUGUGGUUCACCUGAAUAUAUGGCUCCAGAAAUGUUAUUGAAAGUAGGCCAUACUGUUUAGGUGGAUCAUUAUUGUCUAGGAGCAUUGCUAUACGAAUUAGUCACUGGAUUGCCUCCAUGUUAUUCUAAAGAUACUGAUGAGAUAUAAGAAUCUAUUCUUAAUGAAGAAUUGACGUUUCCUGAGAAAUUAAAUUUAUCAACUGACAUAAAGAAUCUAUUAUAAGGGUUAUUUUGCAAACAACCCUCCGAAAGAUUAGGAGAUAAUAAAGGAUUGUCAGAAUUACUUACUCAUUCUUGGUUUAAGGAUGUUAAUCUUGUGGCAAUUUUACAAAAAUAAAUUCCUCCACCUUUUAAACCAAAUCAAUUGAAAUUCAAUUACGAUUAAAAUGAUUUAAUGAAAGGAGAACUUGAAACAAGGGAAAAACUUCUAGGCAAGUCUCAUUAAGAAAUUAGACUAUUUAAAGCCUUUUAUUUUGACUCCAAAGAACAGAUAUAAAUGAAAUAGGAAUAAGCUAAAUUAUUGAAAUAGCAUUUCAUAAUGGUAACUCAAUAAUAACUGGCACUUAAUACUAAGUUUAAAUCAUAUAGAAAAAGUGUUGAACCUAAAGAACAUCAAUCAAAACCAUCAUCUCCAUAAAUUAAUAAUAAUAAAUAAUAGAAACUCCAUUCUGAGUAAUUCUAAUCUCUCUGA